UAGAGCGCGUGUUGUGAGUGUUUUGUGCUGAGUGUCGGUUCCGCGUCCCCCCGCGGUGUGUGUUCGGGCCCGCGCUGGAGAAGCAGCCGCGAGAUGAGGAUGAAGAUGGUCUGAACGGCUGUGCUUAUCGAUCCGUCCCACGCGAGGAGACGCGCCGCUCGCUGGCCCACUGAAGAGCGAUACUGAUGUGAGAUCGGAUCGGAUCAAUGAUGAGCUCCUCUCCAUCGGUCCUGCACUGGGAUGGUCUGUGGCAAACAUGUGUGUAGCUGUGCUGAUUAUUCACACUAAAACCCUGGAGAAGAAGCCCGUCGAUGAUGUAGCCUCCACCGAGUCUGUGCAGCUGCAUGAGCCGCCGACCAUGAGCCAAGGGACGGCCCUCUUCUCCUUUGGAAUCAUGGAGUCUGGACGCUGGCCGGAGGUGGCUGGAGUGUGUGGUGUCCAGCAGCGGCCCGUGGGCUCCAGUCUGGAGAGUCUGUGGGACAGUGUGAGAGAGACGUGUUCUGCUCGUGAGGCGGGUGCCGCCGGUGGCAUCAGCGGUCUGCUGCGUGACCUGAGUCUGAGCGAAGCGUCUCCGGCCAGCGCCGCGCCGCCCAGUAAACGCCAGUGUCGCUCGCUGUCCUGCUCGGAUGAGCUCGGCUGUCGCUCCUCGUGGCGGCCGCAGGGAUCACGCGUCUGGACGUCCGUGGAGAAGCGCCGCUGCCACAGUGGAGGAAGUGUUCAGCGCGGUGUCUUUGCUCCGUCUGGGUUUCCCACAAUGCAGCGCAGCUCCAGCUUCAGCCUGCCCACACGCAUCGAUCCGCCGGAGACCUUCAGCCACGGCUUCCCUUUCGCUGCCUUCUCCGCGUCCCCACAGACGCCUCAGGCUCUCUACCUCUCACACGAGCAGAUCUGCCCCACCGAGUCCAGCUCGCCCGACUCCACGCCCGAGCUGGAGCGCCGCCACAGUCAGGGCCUCGCCCGCAGCCAAUCACAGCCCUGCGUCCACAACGACAAGAAGACCGGCGUGAAGCGCAGGAGACCGGCCGACUCUCACAAACACAGGCCUUCACUGGACCUGCUCAAGAUGACACAGAAGCUGCAGGACUUUCACAGUCUCAGCUGUCCAGGAUUCGCUGGAGAAGAGCAGACACUCCACGAUGAAGGUGACGUCACGCCCGACCAGCACCAGACCAAAGAGGACAUCAUCAUCCACCAAUCAGAGGCCAGCUGGCCAGCAGGGCGGAGCAACGGGAAGGAGCGUGAGUUUCUGUGGGCGGGGCUCUGCAGCCGGAGGGGGCGGGACUCAUUCCAGCUGGACGGAGAACUGGACAUCGAGCAGAUCGAGAGGAACUGAGAUGAUUCCCAGCAUUCCCGUUGGAUUAUUAUGGACGAGCGCUUCAGGAAGUGAACGCAGGACACAUGUAAACGACUCAGGGUGAAGCACACGGAGGACGUCACGCAUCGGAGCGUGAGCCGAGCUCUGUGUGCUGCGUGACAACACGCGUUUAGACUAGCAGGAGACGACAUGAAAUACACUCGUGCUCUGACUCUCUCUCUCUCACACACACACACACACACACUCUAACUCUCACACACACACACACACACACACACACUCUCACUCACACACACACACACACACUCUCAAACACACACACACUCACACACACACUCUCACACACACUCUCUCUCACACACACACACACACACACACACGCACACACACACACACUCACACACACGCACACACACACUCACACACACACACGCGCGCACACACACACACAUGCUAAAGGGCUUCAGAUGUGUAACCGUAGUAAUGUCAGGUAAUGGAGUUCCUCACUGGUGAUAAAAGCUAUUAGAUCUAUUUUUGUCUUUUUACGUUGAAUAACUACAGAAGAACAUGUUCUUAUUUCUCUAUGAAGCGUUGUCUCGUGAGUGAUGGGAAUAAAUCUCAUUCCAUAGUGAAGAUCUCUUCUGAAGAUGAUGAUUUGAAUCACUGGAUUAUAUUACUGUGCUUGAUUAUCAUGACAAUAAUAAUAAUAAUAAUAAUGUAGAUCUCAA